GGCAGGACGGUGCUGGCCUCAGCUGCUCUCUCUUCCCCUGGGUUCCUUGCAGACAGCGUUGAGGAUGAGUUCGAGCUCUCCACCGUCUGCCACCGCCCCGAGGGGCUGGAGCAGCUCCAGGAGCAGACCAAGUUCACCCGCAAAGAGCUGCAGGUCCUGUACCGAGGCUUCAAGAAUGAAUGUCCAAGCGGCAUCGUCAAUGAAGAAAACUUUAAGCAGAUCUACUCACAGUUCUUCCCACAGGGAGACUCCAGCACAUAUGCCACCUUCCUCUUCAAUGCCUUUGACACUGACCACGACGGCUCUGUCAGCUUUGAGGACUUUGUGUCUGGGCUGUCCGUCAUCCUGCGGGGCACCAUUGAUGAUCGCCUGAACUGGGCCUUCAACCUCUACGACCUGAACAAAGACGGCUGCAUCACUAAAGAGGAAAUGCUGGACAUCAUGAAGUCCAUCUAUGACAUGAUGGGCAAAUACACCUACCCAGCCAUGCGGGAGGAAGCGCCCCGGGAGCAUGUGGAGAACUUCUUCCAGAAAAUGGACCGAAACAAGGAUGGCGUGGUGACAAUCGAGGAGUUCCUGGAGUCCUGCCAGAAGGAUGAGAACAUUAUGCGGUCCAUGCAGCUCUUUGAUAACGUGAUUUAGCUCCCGGACCUGCCUCCAGCCGAGCUCUCCUGCCACUGGGCGCAGAACCUGCUUCUCUCGACUUUUCCUUCGAGCCUCCCCUCUGCCGGCUGCACA